UCAAUGAACUUAUAUUUCUUUAUUUAUUUAAAUAAAUAAUUAAAUUAACAUUGCCCACGCUAUGGAAAUCAAGUCCAGCCGCCAACGAAGUCUACUUCAAAUGCGGGACCCUUUUCAAAAGACUCGAAAGACUCGUCUCCCGACGAUGACGCCAUUUCACAGAGCCACCAUUCGCAACACCGACGAUGCCGAUCUCCGCCGCCGCCUCCAUGGACAAGGUCCUCCUUCACCACUGCGUCUCUCUUUCCAUGAAAGCUCACCACUCCUCCACCUCCCCUUUCCUGCUCCACUCCCUCUCUGUCCCCUCCCCCUGCUCCAUCUUCGCUUUUGCCGGCUCUUGGUCCGCCGAUGAUUGGAUUGUUGGAGAUCAUGCGCCCUUUGGAGCAUCCGACAUUGAUUCAUUGCUUUUUCCUUCUCUCAAGACCCUCGUCAGGGAUGUCCCCGCCGCAGUCAACAUGGCUUUUCUCCGAUCCUUUCAGAUGAUCCUCGAGGCUUCGCGACUCCAAGCCGAGGUUUUAAAAGCUGUUGCUGAGAGGAAACAGAUAGUUUUCACCGGCCAUUCGUCAGGUGGUGCGAUUUCAGUCCUUGCUGCAAUCUGGUUGCUGGAAAAACAUCUCAAAACUGAUAACGGAAAUCAUAAUGUUCCUUUUUGUAUCACUUUUGGGUCUCCUCUUAUUGGAGAUAAUCUUUUCUGUCAGGCUCUCCAGCGAGAGGACUGGUCUAGCUGCUUCUUACACUUUGUCAUGACAAUGGAUAUCGUUCCGCGGAUUCCAUUGGCCCCUUUGGCAUCUUUGAAGGAGGAAUUGCAUUCCAUUUUACAAUUUCUCUGUCCGAAGUCAUCUUGUUUAAGCUCCAACUCAUUUGAAAUCUCUCAGCUAUUGUCCAGGUUCUACUUCACUGUUUUGCGAAAUGCGCUAACCAUAUCCAAUCACCAAUCUUGUUUGUCCAUGGGAUGUGCAACUUCUUUGUUGGGGAACUUGUCUGGUUUCAUCAAAUUUAGUCCAUACAAGCCUUUUGGGACGUAUGUCUUCUGUUGUAAUAAUGGGAGACUAGUCAGCGUCAAGAAUUCAGAUGCUAUAUUACAAAUGUUAUUCUACUGUCUUAGAGAAGAGAAGGCUGAUGACCCAUACCGAAGUUUUAAGGAGCAUUUGCAGUAUGAGUCUAAAUUGAAAAGUUAUUUAGAAGCGCAAAAUGUGGUUCAUGGAGAUUAUUUGCAAGCAAAUGAAUUGUUCUCGAGUGAGAUGAACCCAGAUGAAAUGCCAUUAGUUGAAACCUUCUUAAAUGAUCUUGACAUGGGCAAAGAAGCUUGGCUACAUCUUCAUGCUGCUGCUGAGUGGGAGAUGCAGAAGUUUAGAAAUCAGAAGGGAAUUGAUGCAAAUUAUAGCAAAAUUCAAGAAGCCUUGAAUGCUCUCGACAACUACCGGUCUAUGUGUGAGUUGCGUGGGCUAUGUUACUAUGACGCUUUCAAACUUCAGAGGGACACAGAGGACUUCAAUGCGAAUGUUAAGAGAUUGGAACUAGCUGGACUUUGGGAUGAAAUAAUUGAAAUGCUGUCAAGGUUUGAACUUCCUGACAGAUUUGAAGGACGCAAUGAAUGGGUGAAAUUGGGGACCAGAUACUGCCUUUUAGUCGAACCUUUAGACAUCGCGAACUACUAUCGGCACUCUAAGAAUGAAGACACUGGACCUUACAUGGUGAAAGGUAGGCCGAGACGGUAUAAGUUUACCCAAAGAUGGGGAGAACAUGCGCAACGAAUGCCUAAAGGGUCCAGCUUAGAAUCAUGUUUUUGGGCAAUGGUGGAGGAGAUCUCUGCUGACAUGAAUAACAAGAAGCCAUUUGUAGAGGUUAAAGAGAGGGUGUUGGAGCUGGAAAAGAAUGUUUCGGCAUGGCUUGAUUCUGGGAAGUUGGGCAGUGAUGUGUUACUGGGAGGAUCAACCUUUGUGAAAUGGUGGAUGGCUUUGCCAAAACAACACAAGCUCAGCUCCUGCAUUGCCAGAAUCAUGAGCCGUGUGGAGAAAUCUGGGUAACCAUGGUAGACAUCAACACUGGUAACAUUCUGUUUGAAGAACACAUUGUGCUGCUGAUUAAACUCUUGUUUCACAUUUUCGUUUUAGUUUUUAAACAUCAUUGUAAGAAUUAAAAUAAUGAUGUUUAUAUAUAUAGGACGAAGAAAGGAUUACAGGAAGAUCUUGUAUUUUACUUGAUUUUUCUCUUGCAUGUAAAAGAAUGUAUGUCUGUGAGGGAUUUUAUCAUUCCAAGGCUGUAGCAGUUGAAUAUCAGUAAAA